UGCACUGAAUCCAGUGGCUAUUCACAAGCUCCAGCAACCAGCUGCUGGUGAGGUGGAUUUUCCAGCAUUGCUAGGAGCAGCACAUUUGACAUAUAAUAAAAGAUGGCGCCAAAGCUGGAGAAUGUGACAUUCUUUAAUGGGCAUAAAAUGCCUAUUGUUGGGCUAGGAACAUUUCAGUCGUCUAAAGGUGAAGUUGGACGUGCUGUUGAUAUUGCCUUGGAAACAGGCUACAGGCACAUUGAUACAGCUUACAUGUAUGGAAAUGAAGCAGAAAUAGGGCAAGCUUUAAAGAAAUGGCUUGAUUCGGGGAAACUGAAACGUGAAGAUCUUUUUAUUGUAACUAAGCUUCCACCUGCUGGAAAUCGUGCAGAGUCUGUAGAGAAGUACCUUAAAAAAUCUCUAGAUGCCCUGCAGUUGAGUUACGUUGACUUGUACCUGAUACACCACCCUGUGGGGGUCCAGGAUGUGGGUGGUCAAACUUUACCAAGAGACAAGGAUGGAAAUGUUCUCUUGGACAUGAACACUGACAUCAUCAGCCUGUGGAAGGCAAUGGAAGCUCAAGUGGAUGCCGGCAGAGCUCGUUCAAUCGGGCUGUCAAACUUCAACUCUAGCCAAAUCAAACGCAUCUGGCAGGCUGCCCGCAUCAAGCCAGCCAAUCUGCAGGUGGAGCUGCACAUCUACUUCCAGCAGAGGGAGUUGGCUGCCUUUUGCAAAGCACUCGAUGUGACAGUCUGUGCAUAUGCUCCCUUGGGCUCUCCACAGUUGUCCAACGUAGUCCGUGCAAGAGGAGGUGAUGUUAACAAAUUAGUAAGUGUCAGUCCGAUGAGUGACCCGGUAGUGUCACGUAUUGCAGAGAAGUACAAGAAGACGGCUGCACAAGUAUUGCUCCGGCACAUCAUGCAGCGAGGAAUUGUGGUCAUCCCAAAAAGUGUCAACCCUGACCGCAUCAAACAGAACUUUGAUGUUUUUGAUUUUGAACUGACAGAAGAAGAUAUGGAUGAACUAGAUGCACUUGACAAAGGACCAAAGUCCCGAAUAUUUAAUGAAGUUAUUGCACCAGAACGAGCCAAACACCCAGAGUAUCCAUACCAUCAGAGAUACUGAUAUUUCAGUACUCACAGCACUGGGUAAAAUGUCAGAAGCUCUCUCAGGGAAGUCUCGUGAUAUGCUGGACAGUGGUUUUGGGCCUCCACUUUUGUGAUUGGUGUGUUUCCUGCAAAAAUUUGUAUAAAUACUUAUUUUAAUAACACAUUUUAUAUUCUUGUAGAAAAAAUUACAAACAUAUAUUCUUGGUA